AUGAAGAAGGAGCUCACUCUGGACACGGAAGAAUUCGACAUCUCGCCAGCGAUGAUGAAUGAUAAGAACGUGUCACUCGACCUUGCUGGCGUUGUGUCCUUGGCAGAUAUUUCCACCAGUUCGCAGCGAACCGCGCUCACCGGCACUGCUGCAUUAUUGGAUUGCUUGAUCCUUUGCCCGGGGUUCCAUCUCCAACAACAUGCCGACGAGCUCAAUAAAGGCGAGCAUCCUGCCGCAGCAGCCUUGACUUCGGGCUACGUGUUUCGCAUCGAGAACCCGGCCACCGUGCAUUAUCUGCAGAAGAUCGGCAGGACCGGGUGUCUCACCACGGUGGGAGUCAGGGAUGUUAGAAACCGACAAUCAAAGAACGCUCUGAUGGAGACGGUUUUCACAAUGGACAAUGCGAAUAUUGUUUCGGUCGGCGCACAGGUCAUCGCUGUCUGCUUAACCGUUGCCGUCCUCGUCAUCAUUAUCCUGAUGAAAGACUGGUGGGGCCUAUUUGUGACUUUGAUUCUGGUCUUCGCCCGGCUUCUCAAUGUCAUUCUUGUGCGGCGACGUUGCAAACCGAAAUGGUCGGGAGCUCGAGAAGAGGAUGGGCCGGGGGAUCUGCUCGUGCUCCUUAGCCAGGACCGUUGGAUCAAGAUUGUCGGCGAUAUCAAUCAGAUCAAGGCCAUUUCCUCGGGACAAUGGCUUCAGGAGAUGUCAGCCCCGGAGAGCUGGGUUGCUGCUUUUGCUACAGUCAUGGUGUACCUCAAUGCAGCGUUGGCUAGUAACGCUUCGCAGCUGGGGAAGGUCCUUCUGAUCUUGCUACUGAUUGUGUCUGCGGGUCUACUCGCCGUGGCAAAUCAAUGGACGGACAGGUUGCAGAUGCAUGGGUACGUGCUUGAAGUGGUUAAAGAGGAGACCAAGGCCUACGAGAGACGACUUCAUAUGGUGAAAGACCUGAUUGAGCAGUAUGACGGCAAUGCAGACUGGGCUCUGCGAUUGGGACUGAUCAACCUGGAAGAUCUCCAUGGCCCACGGCGGAGGGGGAGAGAAGAUAGCAUCGUAGACCGAGUCAGUCGGGGGCUCUCCGAGUCGUCGUCCGAGAGUCGACGGCCAGACUCAGUGCGCAUUCGCAAUCGAGGAAAAUCGUCCGUGGAAAUUCAACCAGCGAUAUUAUAA